AUGGGAUAUUCAUUGACAUUGUCGGCCGAGCUAGAAGGUGUGACAUCCUUGCAGCCAGCUGAUUCGCUGGAAUCACCCUUUGAGUACACAUUCCAGGUCCAAUGUACCUCGUGCAGAGAGAUACACUCCAAAGAGGUCAACAUCAACACUCUGGAAAAACACGAAAUGAGUGGAAGCAGAGGUGAGGCAAACUUUGUGUUCAAAUGUCAAUUCUGCAAGAGAGAAUCAUCAGCCAACAUCACAAGGACGAAAAAAGCAUACACCAUCGAAGACGAUAAACCAGUGGCGAUCCUGGAUAUUGAUUCAAGAGGACUCGAGAUUGUCAAGUUCAUCCCUGUGGGAAACUUCAUCUGCAGUGCAGUCGAAGGACCUACCAAGUUCACUGAGGUGGACCUGAGUGACAACGAAUGGUACGAUUACGACGACAACGCAGGUGCGGAGGUAUCGAUCACAGACGUGAAGUGGGACUUUGUAAAAAACUAA